AGCUGAUUGGCUAACAGCAGAUGUGCGGCGCUCCGACUGCCUGUCGUGUGCCGUCGCUACUCGCUGCCUAUAUCGGUGUGUAUGCGCGUGACACGUUGUGCGGUUGCGCUUUAUUCGCGCUGUCGGCAUGAGAAUCUUGCAGAAAAGACGGUGUUAAAGGACCAAGUUGUGGGGGUGACGUUUCCGUGAGGAGCAGCAGGUUAAUUUUUGGGUCGAGUGGAUUUUCAGGCGAGCAUGGCUGCUGACCGCAGAGAGCUGCUGCUGGGCAGGUGGACCGUGGUGACCCUGCUCCUCUCCGUCCUGUGCUCUCAUCUGGUUGUGGCAACCAGUGAAAAACUUCCCAGGACUCUGUCUGCCUUGAGCGUGGUGGAGGGAUCCGAGCCGAGCGACGUCGACGAGGAGGCCGAGGUGGACGACGAAGGGGACCCGGAAGAUCUCGAGGUGUUCCAGCCCACGCACCGGUGGCAAACGCUCCGACCAGGUCAAGCGGUCCCUGCUGGCUCUCAUGUCCGCCUGAACCUCCAGACAGGACAGAGGGAGGUCAAGCUGGAUGAAGAGGCGCUCAAGUACUGGAGGAACGGCAAGAGGCAGGGCAUGGCAAACACGCGGUCCUCGUCCUUCACGGCUCAGGAGCUCAAGGAGGCCUUGAAGAAGUUUAAGGAAGAAGGAACGGAGCAGAUGGAUGAGGAGCGGCAGAAGGAAGAGGCGGACCUCCGGUCCCGGUUUCGCUCGCUGGAUGAGCUGAAGAAGGACAUGGCUCAGCUGGACAUGCUGGUGGAGACGGACUUCCAGGUGAUGAGCCGACUGAUGGCCCAACUGAACCGUUCCAGUGCCACGGUGGAGGAGAAGGUCUCCGCUCUGCUGGACCUGGAGUACCUCGUGCACCAGGUGGACAAUGCGCAGGACCUGGUCUCCAUGGGGGGGAUGAAGCUGGUCAUGGAUGCUCUGAACAGCACCGAUGUGCGCCUGCAGGAGAGCGCCGCCUUCGUCCUUGGCUCCGCCCUUUCCGGUAACCCACGGGUCCAGGUGGAGGCGGUGGAGGGGGGUGCCCUUCAGAAGCUCAUAACCCUGCUGGCGACAGAUCGGCCUCUGAGUGUCAAAAAGAAGGUGCUGUUCGCCGUCAGCUCUCUGCUGCGCAACUUCCCCUUUGCUCAGAGCCGCUUCCUGAAGCUGGGUGGCGUCCAGGUGCUGGGGGACCUGUUCCGAUUCCCGGCGGGUGCCUUGCUGCGCGUGCGAAUCGUCACGCUGCUGUACGAUAUGCUCGUCGAGAAGGAGCUCAUCUCUGAGGCUGGCCCGGACCCGCUUCCGGACUCGUCCUACCAGGAAAGGCUGCGCCAGUACGCCCAGGUCUCCCUGCUCCCCCUGCUGGCCGAGCAGGGCUGGUGCCGCCUGGUGCCCGAGCUGCUGGCGUCGCCAGAGCACGACUGGCGCGAGAAAGCACUGCGCACCCUGCUGGCCAUGAUGCCCCGCUGCAGAGCCACGUACCAGAUGGACCCCCAGCUGGGCCAUGCGCUCGGAGCCCUGCAGCAGCAGUACCGGGAGCUGGCGCUCGGCGAGCAGGACCUGGGCGAGGAUGACCGCUACUUUGGUGAGAUCCUGGAGCUGCUGGACACAGUGCUGCUGAAAGUGCGCUGAGCGCCAGAUUGAGGGAGGGUCCUCACCCCGCCC